UACGGAGCCACCAACGCAGCUUCGAAAGCCCAAUUCUAUUUUUCCUUUUUCUCUUCAGCUCCACAGCUCCGGGAGCGAGAAGCUCACUCUCACCGCCGAACUUUUCCGACGCUAAACCUACCAAGAUCCGUAGCAUCUGAAGCAGAAACCCUAGAGAAGGCGAAAAAAAUGGGGUUUUUUUCGUUCUUGGGGAGAGUUCUUUUCGCCUCCAUCUUCAUCCUCUCCGCCUGGCAAAUGUAUAACGACUUUGGAUUGGAUGGCGGGCCUGCUGCAAAAGAACUGGAUCCCAAGCUGGUUGUUGUCAAGAGAUUUCUUGCUUCCAAGCUCGGGGAAGGGCCAGCAAAUGUUGAUGUUAAGCAUGUUGUUGCAGCCUCGUUGGUGCUAAAAGGAGCGGGAGGUCUCAUAUUCGUAUUUGGCAGCCCUUUCGGCGCUUAUCUACUGAUGUUUUACUUGCUCUACAUCACUCCCAUUCUCUUCGACUUCUACAACUACAAAUUCGGAGAGCCGCAGUUUUUCACUCUCCUCCAAGACUUCCUGCAGAACGUGGCGCUUUUUGGUGCGCUGCUCUAUUUCCUGGGAAUGAAGGGCUCGAUCUCGAGGAGGAAACUCAAGAAGAAAGCGCCCAAGUCGAAGGCAGCUUAGAUGUGUAGCGUCGAUGAAGACUCGUCAGCGUUUUGUGUAUUUCCAGUGGUUGGGGACCGUGUUUUGAUGACUGAUUUACACAAAUCAUUAUUAUUUUUUUUGUAGUAAUAUUUAUGUUAGGCAUUCUGGAAUCUCAAUCCCAUAUUUUUCUUCCUCUUCUUGAUUAUCCUAUUCUUCCAGGUUAAUGUUGCGACUUAUUGAAACUAUGAAUUAAUGGUGUUUUAGAUUUUCUACUGUAAUUUUUAACUUGCAUUCAUUCUUGUCA